AUGAAGCUCCCGGCGGCGCACUCGUGGGAGAAAGCCCCGACGGACUGGGACGAAAAGAGGUAUAUGCUGCUUCGCAGCACCGCAGUCUCCAUCUCGAUCCUCCGUCGUCGCAGAUCUCCCGUGCUGUUCGGCACUACGUUAUUACUAGUCGUCAUACUUUACAUACAGCAUUUUAAGCCGUUCGCGCCGCCGCCGAGAAACGCGCAUCCGGUCGGGAAAGGGGCAUUCGAUGGGAACUGGAACUACACGCGAGAUGCGCGAAACCUGAUGCUGAGUGAAGCUCAGUGUAAACAGGCGUUUCCGAACUUCUAUCACGAGAUCGAUCGCGCGGUCGAGGAUCGCAGGAGUAAUCAUGUCACGUUAAAGGAAACGGACGAGAUGUCUAUGGGAGAGGGCUACAUCCGGGCUAUGAUUUACGACCAGCAGCUGUAUGUUAUCAACGCAGCAGGGGACGUCAAUACCCGUGGUCUUGCCUCUCUUCACGCCCUCCACCGAGCCCUGCUCACAUCCCCUGAACCUCUACCGAACAUCGAAUUCACCAUGCUGGUGGCCGACAUCGCCGAGUCCGCGUCCCCGCGGUGGGCAUACUCGCGCGAGAAAUUCAUGACGUCUCUCUGGCUCAUGCCGGACUUCGGAUACUGGUCCUGGCCGGAACCCAAGAUCGGCUCCUACGGCGAGGUGCAGAUGCGGGCGGAGCAGAUGGACGCCAAGGUGCCCUGGUCCCGGAAAAUCGACAAGCUGAUCUGGAGGGGGGCCAGCAUGGAUCUGCUCGUCAGGCAGCAGCUGGUGAACGCCAGCGAGGGGAAGGACUGGGCCGAUGUCAAGAUCAUGGUGUGGGACGACGACGCGCAGGGCAAGACGCACGACGCCUUGAAGAUGGACGAGCACUGCCAGUACAAAUUCGUCGCGCACACCGAAGGCGUCAGCUACUCGGCGCGCCUGCAGAACCUGCAGAACUGCCGGAGCGUGAUCGUCGCGCACAAGCUGAAGUGGCUGCAGCAUCACCACCACCUGAUGAAGAGCUCCGGGCCGGAGCAGAACUUUGUCGAGGUGGCGAGCGACUUCUCGAAUCUGGACUCGGUGAUGCAGGGCCUGCUGGGGAAGAAGGAGAGCGGCGAGCUGAACGCGGAGAAGAUUGCCGAGAAUAACGUCAAGACGUUCCGGGAGCGGUAUCUGACGCCUGCGGCGGAGGUGUGCUACUGGCGGCAGCUCGUGAGGGGCUGGGCGUCGGUGAGCUUCGAGCCGGAGUUCUUCAAGGGGAAUACGGGCCAGAAGGAGGAGUGGAGGGGACUGCCUGUCGAGAGCUUCAUGCUGGAGCGGAGGAUGGAGUGGGACUAUCACUGA